GACAGACCGGAAGUUCUCUUGCGGUGUAUCACGGGAAAUAGUUUCCUUGUAUAUGUGGCGUAUCAAGGGAAAUUGAUUUUAUUUAGGAGCACGCUGUAGGCCGACUCUGAAGCUGUGGCGGCAUACUUGAAAUCUUUCUCGGAUAUGUGUAAGUAUCUACUGCUAGCUGCAAACAGCAUUAUUGUACCGUCACGGAGUGAAGCAUGAGUUCCCGAAAGCGUGCCAUGCACAGCUCGGCGCUGGAAGUUCGCUUUGUGGGGGAUGCCGACGUCUUGGAGCACAUAAUCGAUAAACAGGAAGGUGUUGCGUUGACAAAAAGCUCAGUUCAGACUUUGGUAUCCCUGAAAAACUGCAAAGGACAGCUCGAUAAGGUUCCUGUAGAACAAGAAGAUGAACAGGAGAUCUUCAAUGAACAAGAAUACAUAAAAGUCCUAGGUGCAGAGGCUGCAGGGGCAGGUGAAAGUGCAGCUAGCCCAGGAGGGUCUUUUGUGUUCACAUUUCAGACCAUCAAGCGUCCACUCAAGAUGGCUCAGAUGGCAUCAGAGUGGGCACAUGCACCAGCAAAGACGGUCUCUUUUCAUACGUCCCCAAAGGACCACACCAACCCUUCUAUAGGUCAGACCAGUGAAAGAAAAACCUCCCCAAAGGGAAGGUGGGUGCAGUUUGCAUCAAGCACCCCACAUAGACUAAGAAAGCGGCUGUCAGCUCCAAACCUGAAGUCAGACACCGACAGUGAUGUCUCUGCAUCCAAUUCGGAGGAGGAGGAAGAGGAAGGGGGUGUUGACCAGGCUGUGAUAACAGACCUGGAGUCCAGUCUUGUGGGGGAAUACUUUGAAGCUCACAGGAGUUCAAAGGUCAUGACUUCUGACAGAACCCUUCACAGACUUCAAACACCUAUGCUGGACCAGGAAACUUUGUAUAGACUUCUGGAUGGGAAACCUCCUUACUCUGAUGAAAUCCAGCAACUGAACAAGGAGCAUGAAAACCAGUUCAGGAAGUGGAUUCUGCAGUUACAGUUGGGCUUCAAUCUGCUAUUCUAUGGACUGGGAUCCAAGAAACUGCUGCUGGAAACUUUCCGAACCACCAUGUUACAAGACACUACUCACCUGGUGGUCAAUGGUUUUUUCCCAAGCAUUACCCUCAAGUCGAUCCUAGGCUCCAUCACAGAGGAGCUGCUGGAGCACCAGGGAAGUUUCCAAAGUCUUAUGGAACAGAUGGACUUCAUUGUACAAUCCCUGAGGCAAGAGCCCAGUUUGCAGGUCUACCUUAUCAUCCACAAUAUCGAUGGGCCAAUGUUGCGGGCUAAGAAGACCCAGCAGGCAUUGGGGCAACUUGCCUCACUUCCCAACAUGCACUUCUUAGCAUCUAUUGACCACAUCAAUGGCCCACUUGUCUGGGAUCAGUCCAAGAUGAGCCUUUUCAAUUGGCUGUGGUAUGAGACGACCACUUUUUUGCCGUAUGUUGAGGAGACGUCCUAUGAGAACUCGCUUCUAGUGCAGCAGUCUGGAGCUCUGGCUCUUAGCUCACUCACGCAUGUUCUUCGCAGCCUGACUCCGAAUGCAAGAGGAAUCUUCAGAUUGCUAGCAGGGUUUCAGCUGGAGAACAAGAAUAACCCAUCUUAUACAGGGUUGUCUUUCCAAGAUUUUUACCAACGUUGUCGUGAAGCAUUCUUAGUAAAUAGUGACAUCACCCUGAGGACACAACUGACAGAAUUUAGGGAUCACAAACUACUUCGCACUAAAAAAGGUGCUGAUGGUGUGGAAUACCUGCUUAUCCCUGUGGACAGUCGAACUCUGACUGACUUCUUAGAGAAAGAGGAUGCAGAUUAAAGACAAAGAGGCUGUCUGGCUUUUAUAUCAUCUACCAAGGUUUACAAGCCCUGGGGUGCAGCACAUAUGUGUCAGAGAUUUGCACCUAUAUACUCAAACCCAGUGUAGCCGCUUUCAGAUAUUCUGGAAAUAUAUAUAUUGACUAUCUCUGUGCAAAUUCACAUGUGAACCUUUUUUUGUGAAAUAACGUAAGUUACUAAAUUUUGUAGUUUGUAUGGAUGUAUGCAGAAAUCCCACAUAUUUCACAGUGGUGUAUUUUUAUGAAAAUCUGAAAUUAUAGAAUAAAUAAGUUAGCACACUGUGUAUAGUCUUAUAUUGAUAAAUGGGAAUAUUUCUGAUAUAUGCUUUGAACAUUUAUUAAAUUUUGUGGAGGAUGUUCACAGAAACCCUACAAAGUUUCUCUCGGAAGAUUCCUAAGAAUCAUGAGAUUCGGCCUUGAAAGAUUUUCAGUUUACUCCAUCUAAAAUUAUUUGAUUUUACUUUGUUCAAUACGAUAUAAAAAUAGUUACAAUUUGCAAUAAAAUACAUAAAAUAAGUAAUAUCCAGGUAUGUAAAGGAGUUUUUAAUUUGAAUAAAUGGGGGGGGCAGAGUUAUCAGUACUUAUUCAUUGGCAUUAGGGCAGACUUUGUCCAAUUUAUUUUAUAACCAGAAAAACUACUGAAGUGGUCAAAUCCUUUAUUAUUAUGGGAAUGGAAAUGUCAAAGUUAUCCAAAAACAAGACAAUGUCAUCUGCAUACAUAGCUAUGACAUGUUUAUGACCCCUAAUUCUCACAGGGCAAACAUCAGACUGUUUUAUAGCUUGUGCCAGGGGUUUUAGAGAGAAACAAAAUAAAAGCAGUGAAAGUGG